GUAUGCAGCAGCAGUUCAUUGCUUGCGAGUGCAAUGUAACGAGCACUACUGACGUCUUUCAAAAGAAAUUAACACACUUGAACGAGUCAUGUCGAAAACAAAGGUUCGAAAGCCUUGGCAGAGUGGAAAAUACACAGUAUAUCUAUGGGAGUUUCUAUACAGUUUACUACAAGAUCAUGAAUGCCAAUCGCUUAUUUCAUGGACAAACCAGGAGAUUAAGGAGUUUCGAAUGAAAAAUGUCAAAGAGAUUGCGAAACUGUGGGGAACUGCGAAAAAUAGGCCAACUAUGGACGAUAAAAAACUUCUACGAGCUUUAAGAUACUAUUACAAGACGAAUAUAUUGAGAAAGAUCAAAGGACAGAAAGGAGUGUACCAAUUUCUUUCACUACCGUAUGAAGUGGAAAAAAAGAGCGACGACCUCAAUGUAGAAAACGAACUUGAAUCCGAAACAUGUGAGCAACCAGUUGAGAGCAACACCUGGGAAAAUAUGGGGAGUGGAGGAACAGACGAUUUAUCAUCAAUUGAAGAAGAUUCUCGUGGAGAAGUUUCAAAGACGGGUGAUCCCUCGAUCGCAUGUCGUGAUAUAAUAGCUGUAAAAGAUGAACAGACCGUUUUCACCAAUGUAUAUGUUGCAGGGGAAAACAGCAGCUCGUCAUCGGAGAGUACAGAAUCAGGAAAUGAAAACAGUGCGAAAUAUAUGGAAGAUAUUAAAGCGGACAUUAUCGAUGUUGACUUUCCGGACUCAGCACAAGAAAACAUGGACUGCGUUUUUGAAAAUGAAAGUUUAAUGCACGGAGACUUUUAAAUAUUAAAUCUCCAGGUUUAAUCGUUGUCAAUCUAAAGAUGCAGAUGAAGUCUACAUGAAUGAUUCAAUGAUCAAGAAAACAAUUAGGAAGCAUUUAGAGAGAGAAAACAAAGAGUCUCUUUAUAAUAUAAAAGGAUUGAUGAAGGGCUCAAGAUUUCACUAUUGGACUUUCGAAGCUAAUAUUGGAUUCAACUGCAAUGGAGAAAUAACAUGCACGAUAACCUUCAAGAAAACUCUCGUGACUUGCAAUAUGGCAGUGAAUUAAUACCUGAUCACAGAUUCAUAGAGGCUCAAAUGUCAAUUCACAUCGGAACUACUUAUUUUUAGUGUAUGAUAGACGUUUGGACAUCUUCAAUUUUAACCAAAUUUAAGGAACGUUUGUUCGAGCAACGUUACAUUUCUAUGACCACAUUGAUUGAGCACGUUUGAAAACACAUAUUCUGGUCAAAACGUCAAUUUAAGUAAAGUUGCAAAACAACGACGUUCUUCACCUGCAACCGAGUCCAGAGAGUUGAUGGGAAAAACCAAAAUUCGUUAAAUAUAAAGCAGCUCGGGUCGUUUCUUCCUAAACGGGAGUCAGCACAGUCACAAUAACAACCGAAAGAGUAUUGCUGCUUUCAAAAACAACGACUAGUCAUUGGACCUACGUGGGCUCAAUGAUUGCAGCUGCAGAAAUCAAAUACAAC